UACCUCAAAAGUCUGAAGAUAUUAGACUGCUAGAACAAAUCUUAGUUUGUAAAGCAUGUUGGAUAGAUUUUCAUCAUGAGCUUGAUCAAGAUGAUCUUCAAAGUAUUAAGUAUUUUACUAAUGGUAAAGAAAAAGAAACUCUUUUAAAAUACCAAUUAUACAAAGAAAAAUGUAUUAGAUUUAGAAAGAUAUUAUCUUAG